GUUCCAGAGAUCUGCCAUCCUCGCCAUGUCUCGGGCAUACCUUCUCAUGCUUCAGGGCAGCUGGUUCUGGGCAGUGGGCAUCAUCUUGUACGGCCACGGAGAUGAGAACACGGUCUGGGAUAUGAAGAGUCACGAACACGUCAUGCUGUCCACUAUCUACUUCAGCUGGCACUGUGCCGCCCACUUCAUCAUUCUUUUCUUCAUGUGCCUGGGUCUAUACCUCCUGCACCGGCGGAUAAAUGGCCCACUUCCCAACGGCUCCGGCCCGUCGUCCAUCCCCCUGACCCAACUUGGUGACAACGGGAAGUCAGAGGGCUACCGGCGCCUAGCCUUCACAGAUGAGGUCGAGGAAGACAGUGAUAUCGAGUUCGAGAAGCCAGUGGAAAAGGCUCUGGUACCAGCGGGGUCAAAUGUAUAAUAAACCCCUAUCGGUCCCUACCCUGUGUGUACUCUGCCGUGUGAUUCGUUUCAUGAUUUCUGCAUUAUUUCCAAAAUCGUGUUAAAGGCACCGUUGUUUUAAUUCCGUUUAGAAUCUGAACUUUUAUGAGGUGCCUUUUUUUUUCCUUUCCAAGAUUUUUUGGAACAAUCCUAAUGUCUACAUUUUUUUACUCUAUUCCACGUGGUGUAAUGUUAAUUGAAUACAAUUUGUAUCUAUGUUUUGUAUGAAUUGGAUUUUGUCCUACAUUUGAUUGAGACCACUAGUGUUUUAUAAAUGGUGAAAAUAAGGAUGACUAGAUCUAUAUAUCUAUAUGUUGUGCUUUAGAUAUCUAUUUUUGCAAUUUUAUUUAAAGCCUUUUUUUUUCAAUUGCAUUUUAAUGAGCAAAGAUUAAUCGGGUCCUUUUCAACCAAGUUUCAGUUUUUUUGAUAUAAUGGUUUAAUGCAAUCGUUUUCAUCUCAUUUUCGUGGGUUACUUUUAUUUUUCAAACGUUUAUCUGCAUUUCGUCUUUUGGUUACGUAAGCUUUAUUUCAAAAGUCAGCAGGUGCAAGAUUCCCAUCAACAAAAGGUUCAUUUAAAAUUGUAAUGAUCAAUGUGAAUCUAGAGUUCCAGUCAAGACCGAUGGAAUUUUUGUUCGUUGCGAUAUCUGAUCACACAUAGACAGCAGGUGUUCUCUCUCUACAUUUUGUUUUUAUGUUGAUGAGUCAGUUUUAAAACCUCACACUCAAACUGGAUAUGCAAAUAAUAUGUGUUAUUUAUGCGUUCAAUAAAAAUGUGCUCAAUGACUCAAUGGCACUAUGAUUUGAGAGUGUAUUAAAUGCCAUUCUUUUUAAAGAUGAUAAACUUGUUUUAAAGAUUGAAAACCUAGUUUACUUGGUACAUCAAUUUGAGAAGACAUUAAAUUAUUUUUUUUAAUGACAAAAUGUUUUUCGCCUUUGUAAACCUGGUUCACGGGAUUUAACACAGACUCAUCUGCACUCUUGUUGGAAAACCAUCACUCUGUUCAAUGAAUUUCAGUCGCUUUAUAAACUGCGUCUGGAGAAGUGCAGGUGAAAUGCUGGUAAGUAGUUAAGAAGAAUGAUACCACUUAAGGUUUGCUUCUAUUGGGUGAGGCAGGAUCGGGGGUGGGGGGGGGGGGG